AUGGACAACGAUCAAAACAGCGCCGGAGCUGGUGCUGAUAACGCGAUGGCGAGGCAGGAUGUUCCCGAGACUGUACAGCCGAAGGCCAUCCUCAUACUAUACGACCUAGAGCUCACCAACGGAGACUUGCCAGGAUCCAUUCAAAUUGCGAUUCCAAAGCUUCUGUCCACGGACAGUGUCGAUCCCACCUCUUCACACCGCGAAAACGACGACUCGGAGUGUCCGCAUCCUUCGCCAUCUACAAAUGCGACGGACUUGAAGCGAAAACGCACUGGCGAUGGUGCAGCUCGAGCGCCGAAAAAGUCACGAGCGUCGGAAAGGUCAUCAUCACCAGCGUUUCCUAUGGGCAGAUUGGCAGAUUUGAGAGGUACACCGGUGCCUACAGAGCCAGAGACCCCUCCUUUGGACAACGUCGAGUUCUUGAAAUGGGUAAGAAAGCAGAUGGCAGGGUAUGCGCCAGCAGAUCGCAAGCGAUUGCUUCCAGCGAUCGGCUGUUUGAGAAAUCCAGAUACUCUAGAGCUUGCCUUCGAGAUUGCGUCAAAGGUUCUGGGCAGACACUUGGCCACGUUGGUGGAAGAGGCAAAAGAGAUGAGAACCAUGUACGGCAAGGUCCAGAAGUCAGGUGGUUCUUGCGUCAAGUCUCUCUUGCAGACUCUCGAACAAGCAAUUCGUCAGUUUGACAAGAGACGAGACGAUUUCGCCGAGCGAGUGAGGGCUUUCGAAGCGGAAGCGAAGGCAUGA